UUCACUCCUCUUUGUUUUUACCCUUGGGUUCUUGUUCUGUUUCGCAUUGAUGCAGUUUAGUUGAGUUGGUAGAUGGGGCACUGCUAAUUUUGUAGCUCUCUCUCUCUCUUUUUACCUCUCGCCCUCACCUCCUUCUCUGUCUCUGUUUCUUCUUUUUCCCCUACGUUUGUGGCGGAUAAACCGGUGACUCGGUUUCUGAAUCCAAAUCCCAAAGAAACAAAGAAAGCUUCUAAGAGGGAAAAAUAGCUCCUUUUUCUUCCAGGUGUAUAUGCAAAAUAUAUGGAGUUUUAUUAUUACUUUCUCUCUUUCUUUCCCUGUCCUCUGCUUACCCAGAAAACACUUUUCCUUUUCUCUUGCUUCUCAUUCUUGCAGAGUUUUAGCUUAAUCUAACCAUCACCUCAUACCCUUUGUAAUAUACAUGCAAAUGAUAUUUCUAAGCAGUUUUCUUGUGUGCGUUUAGCGUCAUGGAUCUGUAAAGCUAAUCAGCAUAUCUUUUAUUUGUGAUUUGAUUUUAGUUUAUUUCUUGAUUUUCUUGUUCAGAUCGAUUAUUUUGAGUCAUUUCUUUCAUUUUAUCCAGAUUUUGGUUCGAGCUUUGUUGUUAUUGAAAAUUUUUAAAUUUUUUUGGGUCUUCAUUUCUUCAUUUGGUUUGCUGAUGUCGAAUGCUUAAUUAAGCUUUGUUCUUUUUUCUCAUUUUUGGUAAUUUAGUGCACCUAUCUCUUAUCUGAUCUCUAUCUGUUGCUUGUACUCUGUCUACCUACUUCUAUCAUUGUCAUUUUUCUUUUUCUUUUCUUUUGAUAAUCAAAAGAUAUUCUUAUUGCCUGAAAGUAAUCUUGCGUGCAUCUCAGAUCUUUUGCUUUUUUAUUUUGUUUUUGGAUUUUUAAAUUCUGCACAUUUUCGUUCAAUUUCUCUUGUAGGAUUGACCCUUUCUGAUGAUAUCCAUAAAUGAGAUUCAUGCUUAAGCAGUUCUAUUUUUGGAUUUCCCCUUCUUUAAAUUUCUGUUCUUUAAUUAUUUACAGGCAGAAUAUAUGGCCGAUGGGAGUGAGUAUCGCUGUUGGGAUGAGCUGAUACCAGAUGCCCUUGGGCUAAUCUUUAGAAAUCUUUCCCUACAAGAGAUACUGACAGUGGUCCCAAGGGUUUGCAAAUCAUGGGGCAGAGCAGUUUCGGGGCCAUAUUGUUGGCAAGAGAUAGACAUUGAGGAAUGGAGUAAAAGGCGCCAGCCUCACCACCUUGAUCGCAUGCUUCGAAUGUUGAUCACUAGAAGCUGUGGAUCCCUACGCAAGCUUUGUGUCACUGGAAUUUCCAAUGACACCAUUUUCUCGUUUCUCCUUGAGCAUGCUGGAUCCCUUCAGACUUUGAGGAUGCCAAGAAGCGAAAUAAGUGAUUCAAUUGUUGAACAGAUUGCUGGAAGACUUUCAACAAUCACUUUCUUGGAUGUGAGCUAUUGCAAUAAAAUUGGUGCUCGAGCUUUAGAGGCUAUUGGAAAGCAUUGUAAAUUGCUUCUGGUGCUGUGCCGGAACAUGGAGCUAUCAUCUUCAGCAGACCAGCUCCCACUAGAUGAUGAGGCUCAUGCCAUUGCUGCUACGAUGCCUAAGCUGAAGCAUCUAGAAAUUGCCUACCAUCUCCUCAUCAGCACAGAAAGCGUAUUGAAGAUCCUUUCAAGCUGCCCUGAGCUUGAGUUCAUGAAUUUGACAGGAUGCUGGGAUGUGAAACUUGAUGGUAACUUCCUCAAGGAGAAGUUCCCAAAAGUGAGAGUACUGGGGCCUCAUCUACUAGAGUAUUACGAUAUGAAUGACUGGGGAGAUUAUUGCUCUGAAUAUUCAGAUGACUACUUUGCUUGGGAUAUCUUUUCUGUUGACAUGGGAGAUUAUGAUGAUGAUGAUAGUUUCGAUGAAAUGUGGGAUGAUGAGCAAAGGCUGGAAGAGCUUGAGCUCAGGUUCUAUGAAGGAAUUGAGGAUGCUGGAUUAUAUGGUUGGCCUCCAUCUCCAUAGCUUCUGUUUCCUGUUUUUUCUUUCGUUAACUUUUCUAUUUUUAGCACUAAAUGCUUCAACCUGGUAUUUCCUUUAUGCUCUAUGAUUUAUAUAUAUGUUUCAAUAGGAAUGAAGUUGUAUGCUUUGUGUCA